GCAUCACAACAGUCAACAUGAAAUUCAUCAUUGUUUUCGCUGCCGUCUUCGCCUUGGCUUUGGCCGCUCCCGCUGAUGUUGAAAUUGUCAGAAGCGAAUCUGAAGUUGGUCCUGAAUCUUUCAAAUAUGUUUCCGAAACCAGCGAUGGCACCCAAGUCCAAGCUGAAGGUCAAUUGAACAACAUCGGUACCGAACAAGAAGCCAUUGCUGUCCGCGGUUCUUUCUCCUUCGUUGCUGAUGAUGGUCAAACCUACACCGUCAACUAUGUUGCCGAUGAAAACGGUUUCCAACCCCAAGGUGCUCAUUUGCCCGUUGCCCCCGAAGCUUAAGUUGUGAUUGUUGUUAAAUUAGUUAAUAAAAAAAAUGUUUUGUUUUUAACAAAAAAAAA